GAGUGUCACGCCGUCAUGCCCAUGAACGAAAAUGUUGCACAGUUUUCUUUACAAUUCUCCAGAAUUGACGUGUAAUUACAAUAUUACUGGUGGUUUUAUACGUAUAAUAUGUAUGUACAAAACAUGUGCUUACGUAUGUAUGCUCUCUGUACAUAAUGUAUAAACGUAAACAACGCCUUUAAUGCCAUCUGCAACAAAAUACUAAAGCUCGUUGCAUAUGUUAGUGUAUAUGUAUAUAUAUAUAGUACAAGUAGAUGUUUUAGUCUAUAACGUACAACGAUUUGAGGUUAAAUAAGAAUUAAAUUGACCAUCAAAAUGAUGUCGCUAACGAGAAAUUUGGAGAAUAAUAUUAUUCAAAGAUGUUCAAAAAUCAUAAAACUAUCAUCAUCGUUUUGUACAUCGACAGUUACUAAUACUGAUAAAGAUUUCCGAGUACUGAAUUUAAUACCAAAAAGGAUCAAACAUGUGAAGAAAACACAAUUUUACAAACAGCUUAGUAAAAAGAUUCUACUGAAGGAGGACAUAAUGCCUACUGAUCAAAAUUGGCAAGCAAUUUGGCCCGUUGCGCGUACAUUUCAUCCUAUAACUGUACCAAUUCCACUACGGCAAGGAUAUAAAUAUAAGAAGAAUGCAAAUCCAGAAAAGUACGCGAAUGCGGAACUCAUGAAAAUUCCAAAUUUUUUACAUCUUACUCCACCAGCGGUUAAAGCACACUGUGAAGAAUUAAAACAAUUUUGCACAGAAUGGCCAAUAGGUUUAGAAACAGACGAAGCUUGCGAGAAACAUUUUCCAGUUGAAAUAAUCUCUUCCAAUUAUUGCUACUCCUCUCCAACGAUAAGAGAACCUCUCGCAAGAAUAGUGACUUUAAGAGUAAAGCUAUCCUCCCUACAUUUAGAUUAUCAUGCUAAAGAUAAAAUACUCAGGUUGGUAGGAGACAGAUACAACCCUGAAACGGAUAUAUUAACGAUAGUCGCAGAUAGAUGUCCAACCAGAAAGCAAAAUUUGGAUUAUGUCAACUAUCUUUUAACAGCGUUGUAUCAUGUAUCCUGGCGAGUCGAACCGUGGGAAAGCCAAAAAGUUGAAGCAGACAUGGAGUUUUACGAAUGGGAUAAAAGCAAAAGCCGAGAUAGUUUAGUAACCAUAUUUUGUUGGCCAAACCCACCAACAGACUCUAAUUACGAAAGUAUACCGCACGCAACGGAGUACAAAGUCGCAGUAUCGGAACUAAUUAAUAACGGAGAAGAUCAUUUCACGAUCAAUAAAUACAAACAAGCUGUUAAGAAUGUAUUAAAUCUCAAGCAUGAAGAAGAUGGAGAAUAAACGCCAAUAUAAGUAUGUUAUAAACCCUCAGUGUAGUUUUCAAUUUUGCUCUUACAAUAGAUGCAGCUAUCUAGAAAUUCCGAAAUAAAUACAACUUUAUUAAAUGUUUCUACUGCGUUUAUUCACAUUUUUCUUCAGCAUGGGUCGAAAAGUACACCGAUGUUGACAUUAUUAAUUUAAACGGAUAAAAGUUCAAAAAUUCUCACUUAUCAUAAACACUAUAAAUUUAAUUCAUGAAUGUGUUUAUUACAUUUAUUACUACAUGUUAGAAUGAAUGAAUUGUCACAUAACACUAUAAAUGAACAUAGCUUUCUUCUUAGAUAAAUAUGUUAAUCGGUAACAGAUCUUAUUACAAAUUUGUUCUUUAUUAUACUAUAUAACAUACAAUCUCUAAGGAAGGCUAUACCAUUUAAUAUGAAUUUAAAUUGAGAAAUUCAUUUAUUAUAUUUAUUCACUUCAUACUCAGUCUUUCAAAUCAUUUAUUAAAAUACUGUCCACUGGACGCACAGCGUGAAUUAUGAAGUCUCUUUUAUCAUAAAAAUAGACAUAUUACAAAAUACAACUACAUUUCUUCAAAUAACGUUGCUUAAGCGUUAUUAUAAAAAUACAAGGCAAUACUAUACUAAUAACUUUUGGACUUAUACCGUGAUACAAAUAUAAACUGUUUAGCCAGUU